GUGUGUCACCCCGUCCCGGGGCAUCCCCACGUCCUGGGAAGAUGUAUUCUUUUGGGAACGAAGAAGCGGACUCUCUGGAGCGUCUCUUCGGGUUUUUCUGUGAGUGCGUACGGCGUGGGCACUGGGAGCUUGCACAGGCCUGCGUGCCCCAGCUGAGCCAGUGGCACGGGGACGGCCCCGGGAAGGUGGAGACAAUUCUUCGGGCUCUGGUAGCUUGUCCCGUGGGGGUAAGACGGGGACAGAAUUCUAGCCCAGGGAGAUCUGCAUGGCUUUGGCUUCUUGUGCUGGAAAAAUGGCUUGCCAGAAAUCAGAAAACUGUUCCAGUUGCUCUUCAGAGAGAAACUGAAUUUUUGUUGUUCUUGGAAGAAUUACAGAAAGAUGUCUCUGAGGAAGUCCUAAAGGAACUGUUUGAAGCAUUUGAGUGCACGCAGAACAAGCACAUCACAGACAGCCAAAGAAGGGAUGACUGUUCUCACAAAUUCAGUUUGGAUGUUGUUUCAGCUCUCCGGAAGCUUUUGCUGCGGGCUCCCCAGAGGGCAAAAGCCCUGAUGGAGUUUUUCCAGGGGGAACAAGGCACACACAGCUCCUCGCUCCUGCAGUAUCGCUCUCUACAAAACAUCUUUGUUGAGUUUCUUUGUGACUCCUUGAAAUCUCUGCAGAGGCUUCAGAGCAGUCCUGAGCUUUCGGCUGAACUAAAUCAAAGAGAACUAGUAGAUACAAUUUAUGCUGCUCUCAGUAUAGUGACUUUUGAGGUGGAGCAUCAAGCAGAUGAAAUGAAGCAGUUAUUCAGGGAGCUCUUGGAUGUAUGCUGGGCUGAGGGGAGCCCACUGAGGGAAGAGAAGCUACUAAACUGUAUGCUGAGGAAACAAAGCCAUGGCCUGCUAAGCCUCUAUAGCAGUGUUCUCACAGAAAGAACAAGAGAAAAGUUUUUGUUGUCAAAAGCAAUACAAAAAGGUUCAUCUGCAUCUGAGCAGCUGGAUACAGAGCGAACUGUGAUGAGUUUGUUCUCAGAUCCCAAAGAAGCUCCUUCGUGGAAGACAGCCUAUUUCUACUGCUUGAGCAGCAGCAAGCACUUUCUGGAACAGAUUCUGGUGACUGCAUUAGCUUUACUAAAAAGAGAAGACUACUCGGGCCUGAAGAGCUUGUUGAGGAGAGAAUUCAACCCCCUUAGCCGCCUCUUGGUGUUGUUAGGAUGGACUCAUUGUCAAAGCUUGGAAUCGGCAAAAGCUUUGCUAUGGAGUCUACACAAAACUCAGGAUCUGUGCAAUGAUUCAGUAUUGAAAGAUUUUUGUGAUGGGCUGUGGGCUCAUGUGGAAGUUCUUGAAUGGUGCAUGCAGCAAAACAGUAUUACUGUCCCAAGGAAGGUUCUGUUGCAACACUUGCACAGUCUGGAUUGCCACACUGCGGUGUAUUCUCUGCAUCAUCUCACCAAUCUUCUGGCACUGAAUGAAGAUGAUGUUAUUGAGCUUCUUCAAAAAUUUCCUGCUAGAGACCAGCAGAUGCAGGCAGCCCCACUCCCUAACACCCUGAGUCAGCAGCGUGACCUCGCACUCUUCCGAGCAUUCUGUGCCAUGAAGUAUGCAAUCUAUGCUCUGUGUGUGAAUUCACACAGGCAUGCCAAGUGCAAGGAUUGUGUACACAGCCUUCUUGGUGAUAUCCCUGAGGAUGCAGCUUUUGGAGAACCAGCAGACUGCUCUUCAGUAUUUCCUCAGUACAUUGUGAAGUGUCAGCAGUUCUUAAGGAGUGUUCCCAUUCCUCUGCGCCUGGAGGUUUUGGAGAAUAUUUUCUCCUUGCUUUUUGUUUCCUAUAAUGAUCUCUAUGCUGAGACUCCUCUACCUGAGGACUAUGCAGAGGAUGAAGACCUUGACAAAAAGAGCACUACUCUGAGUGUAGAAGGCAGUGCCAGUCGGCGAUCUUCCACCUCACAAAGUCCACAACACCUAACAGAGGCAGAAAAAAAAUCAGAGAAGCACCUGCCGGCUGCACAAACAGUUCACACAGAUACUCGAGAUCUUUGUGACUCCAUGUUAGAUGGCAAAAGCUGUGAAACCUCUAAGCCAACCCACCUGGAUCUGAAACACUUCACCAGUGGUGUUACUGGGUUUUUAGUGGAUGAUGUAGCCAUGGAGGCCUUCCUCACAUUGCUGCUCAACCACCUAGAAGAAAUUCAGAGUUCUCUCCCGUGGGACUCCAGUAAUGUGCUUCAUGAAGAGCUGGAGCUUGUUGAGUGCUUGAAUCUUUCUGCGAGCGGAGAUGCCUUUGGAAGUCGCGUGUUACAGUUUUCCAAGUACCUCUCUGAAGCUCACUGGCGAUACAAGGUGGUGAUGAGUAACAGAAAUGCAGAACAUCAGCUUGGAGCCUCCAGGAGACAUUGCUCUUUAAUCAGGCGCUCCAGCUUUAAGAAACGAAGUAGAUAUCGGAGGUACAAGUCAGAUGGGAAAGAGGGAACUUCCAGUCCAUCAUUGGAAAGCACAAGUAGUGAGCUAAGCACCAGUACUUCAGAGGGAAGUACCAGUAGUGUGUCUGGCUUGAGUGAUUUAGAAAGCAGGACAAGACCACAUCAGCAGAACUCCCUCAUUCCUAUGAUGCUUUCCCCCCCAGAAUCACUGUUAGUUUCUUGUGUUUUGAGAGGAAACUUUGUGGAAGCCCACCAGGUGGCUUUGAUGUUUAAUCUGGAGACUACCCCUUGCUAUGGUGAAUUGAUUUUCAUGGAGCGUUACCAAGAGGCAGUAGAAGAAAUGGCGAGAGUGGAACACAAUAUUGAGAAUCAGUCAUCAGAUGGCACUGGAGGCAUCAGGAAAUCUGGCAGUGGCCGUUCAACACUGCAAGCUAUUGGGAAUGCAGCAGCAGCUGGUAUGGUAUUUUAUUCCAUCUCGGAUGUUACUGAUAAAUUGCUUGCAACUUCUGGAAGUCUUGCCCCUACUCUUCAAGAAAACUUCUGGAUCAGGAACAUCCAGCUGGAGCAUACUGAUCCUCUGCGAGAAGUUCUUGAGGACCUCAGUCCUUCAGCAAUGGCGGCAUUUGACCUAGCUUGUACUCAGUGCCGUCUUUGGAAGACAUGCAAACAGCUUCUGGAGACAGCAGAAAGAAGGCUCUACAGCAGCCUUGAAACUCGGGGCCACCGAACUGACUUGGUUUUACUGCACUCUGACGGUGUAAAGGGUUUUCCAGCAGUUCUCCAGCAAAUAAGUAAAAUUCUCAACUAUUCCUGCACAUCACAAGGUCAAUCCAGACCAGAGGUUGCAGAUGAGAAAAUAGGGAGUCAUUUUCGAUGCAGUAUUGUAGACCUUCUGCAAGCUUGCUACCCUACCUUGACUGAAGAAAGUAUUACUAAUGAAAUUGUUUUAUCACAAAACCUGGAUCAUAUCCUGGAGGCACUGACUUGUGUUGAACGUUCUGUGGACCCUAAAGGGAGCCUGCUUAGCACCUUGGUGGAGCAGGGCUCUCUCAAACCAAUGGAGCUGGAAAAGCACCUGGUUUGGAACCAAACACAGCUCCUGCUGAGAACUCUUGACCAGCAUACCCAAACCAUGCCAGAGAACAACAUGCAGACAAACUUUGUGAAGGCCUUCCUUGACUACAUCACUACACUGGCUGCUGUGGUGUUACGAAGCUUGAAUGCAGAGCUAGAUGUAUCUGCAGAAGUGAAAGUGGGAAACCCUUUCAUACUGUUACAGCAGAGUCCGUCUCAGCUUCUUUCCCAGCUUAUUUUUGAGAGACAAGUUCAUCCUGACAGGCUUUCUUCUCUCUUGGCUAAAGAAGAGUUGAACCUGAAUGUGCAGCAAGUCAUUGUUAACUCUUGCUGUGAGCCACUGUCCUUGUGCAGUGCAAGGCAAAACAGCCAGGCAAAGUCUCUUCUGACAAACAUCAGCAACCUGACACACCAGUGUGCCUGCCACUGCCUUCCAGAUGUUGAAAUGCCUAUUCACAAUUCUGCAGUGACCUCUGAGGAUAUCUCCACUCAAGCCUCAUCCUCUCUGAAUGACUUGAGCCAGCACACACUCACUGCCUCCUCCUUGGACUUCCUGAAGUCUCAGUCAAAGCUAAUGGCUACAGUGGCAUGUCUAAGUGCAUCUAAUAUACAGAAAAUUCACAAGUCAAGCUUGUCUUGGAUGGAAUUUCGGGGCAAACGGGAGGUGCCCUUAAGCUUGGAACAGAUUUCCAGGGAGUGUGAGGCGCUGUUGAAGGAGUUCCCAAUAUUGGAACGAUUUCUUCUUGCUAUGUUUGACCCGCUUCGGAAUCAAGAGGAAGGUAGCAGUUUGGCUACUGUCUUGUCUGGCAAGGCAUACAUGUCUCUGGUUCUCCUAGGAUUACAUUCCACCACAGCUGUUAAAGUUUUAAUGGGAGUCUUUGAACAAGCUCUUGGGGCAAAGGAUUGGGACAGAGCUCUGAAGGUCUUGGAUCUGUACAGUCAGGAUGUGGAGGAAGUGGUCAGUGUAAAGGAUGCUGUGCUGAGUUGUGCAGCUGCUGAAGAUAAGGAUGGUUGGCAAUACUUGUUCCCAGUAAAAAAUGCAGUGUUGAGAAGUAGACUGGCCCUGCGCUGUCUGGACAAGUGGCCCCUUGAUGCCUGUUUGGAAAUUCUAGCUUACUGCGUUUCUGAUCUGGGCAUACCUCAUGAACUAAAAGCCAAUCUGCAGAGCAGGAAGAAAGAACUUCUGGUUUAUCAAAAGAUUUUGAAUGUGCAAAAUGAACCAUUGUGGAAUGACUGGCAGGAUCUGAAAAAAGCCUGCACUGAUGACCCCCAGGCUGUGAUGAGUAUCAUUCUUAAAGCAAAGGAUUAUGAAUUGUGUGAGGAGUGGGGACACUUGUAUCCUGUACCAAGAGAAGACUUGAUCAAUCUUCACCGUGAGCACCUUCUCCACUUACUGGAGAUGGGAGACAUGGAAAAGGCACUGCAGCUUUUACAAAGAAUCGAAGACCCUGGUGUUUGCCUUGCCAUCAGUGAACAGUCCCUUGACCAGCAUCCGAGCUUGGCAGCCUCUCACUUCUUGGCUGAUUACCUCACAGCUCACUUCUAUGCCAGCCUGACAACAGCACGCCGGAAUGAAAUCCAGGCACUCUAUAUAGGAUCAAAGGUGCUGCUGACUCUGCCUGAGCUCUCCCGUGUUAACUACUUCCACCUCUCCUCAAGGCCACUGCUUAUGUUGGAACAGCUCCUCAUGAAUAUGAAGGUGGACUGGGUAGCUGAGGCUGUGCAGACACUGCACCAGCUUUUAGCUGGGCAGGAAAUAGGUUUUAAUGUAGAAGACAUUGACAAUUUGCUUUCCAAGUAUGCAGAAAAAGCUCUCAACUUCCCUUUCACAUUAAAAGAAAAGAGAUCAGAUUCUCUGACACGUAUUCAAGAGAGUCUCAAUCAGGUGUUGGAGUGUGAAGUAUUGUCUAAACCAGGAUCAUCAGAACUAUCUCCUGUCAGCUUUACUGGUGUAACCAUAUCUGCAAGUCCCAGAGACAGAAGCCUGCAGCAGAACUUGUUUCCUCAAGAAUUUGUGCCUCCUGAGAAGCCACCACCAAAGCAGGAAUGGAUACCUGAUGACACUGAAACGAUAUGUAUGGUUUGCAAAACUGAGCGCUUCACUAUGUUUAACAGGCGCCAUCACUGCAGGCGCUGUGGCAGACUGGUGUGCAGCUCUUGCUCCACCAAGAAAAUGGAAAUAGAACCUUGCAGAGAAAAUCUGUCCCGUGUGUGUGAUCAAUGCUAUAGCUACUACAACAGAGAAAACGUGCCUGGCUUGGUGCAGGACACAAGCACCAGAAAAGAAGAUCAGGACCAAGUGGAAGUGGUACGAAUACCCAAGGCAACUGAUCUUGAAUGGAUUUUUUCUCUGAAUGAAGAGGAGAAUGAAAUUGUACGCAGCGAAUUUUAUUAUGAACAGGCUCCCAGCUCUUCCUUGUGUAUUGCCAUUCUCAGCCUGCACAGUGACAGCAUAGUAUGUGGCCAUCAACUGAUAGAGCACUGCUGCAAGUUGUCCCAAGGGCUCACUAAUCCUGAGGUGGAUGCUGGACUCCUCAUGGACAUCAUGAAACAAUUGCUCUUCAGUGCUAAAAUGAUGUUUGUAAAAGCUGGAAGGAGCCAGGACCUAGCUCUCUGUGACAGCUACAUCAGCAAAGUGGAUGUGUUGAAUAUUUUGGUUGCUGCUGCCUACCGUCCAGUGCCAUCUUUGGAUCAGAUCCUUCUCCCAGCAGCAGUAACAAGACUGAGAAAUCAGCUUUUGGAAGCAGAGUACUAUCAACUAGCCAUAGAGGUUUCUACAAAAUCUGCAUUGGAUCCAGGUGGAGCAUGGCAUGCCUGGGGCAUGGCUUGCCUUAAAGCUGGAAAUUUAACUUCCGCAAGAGAGAAGUUUAACCGAUGUUUAAAGCCACCCAUGGAUCUAAACCAGCUGAACCAUGGUUCAAGGCUGGUCCAGGAUGUGAUCCAGUACCUGGAGUCCACAGUGAAGCCAGUACUCAUCACAGAUGAUGAUUACUUUGCCACAUUGAGGGAACUUGAAGCAACACUGAGAACAAGAAGUCUGUCGCUGGAGGUGAUGUGUGAGGGGAAGAUUCAACACAACAGCUAUUAUCAGGAGUGCUUGUUCUAUUUACAUAAUUACGGCACUAAUCUGGCAAUAAUAAGCUUUUACAUGAGACAUGACUGUAUGAGAGAAGCACUGCUUCACUUGUUAAAUAAGGAAUCCCCAUCAGAAGUGUUUAUUGAAGGGAUCUUCAUUCCCAGUUAUGAAAGUGGAAAACUGCAUAUGUUGGAGAACUUGCUAGAAACCAUUGAUCCAGGAUUGGAAAGCUGGGGAGUCUACUUGAUUGCAGCCUGCAAAUACUUGCAAAGAAAGAACUAUUACCAUAUUCUGUAUGAACUGCAACAGUUCAUGAAGGAUCACGUCCGUGCUGCAAUGACCUGCAUUAGAUUUUUCACUCAUGGAGCAAAGUCUUACACUGAACUUGGAGGAAAACAGACAUGGCUUCUAAAGAUCAAGGACCAUCUCAAAGUCUAUCUGCAGGAGGUCUCAAGAAGUGCAGGAAAGAAAAAAAUGGCAUUCACUUUUCGGAAGAAAAUGUCUGCUACGGAUGUGUCGAGGCACAUCAAUACAGUUGAUCUGCAGAUGGAAGUAACAAAGUUCCUGCAUCAGUGUGAGAGCUCAGGAGCCUCUCAAAUGACAGAUUCCUCCUUGCCCACACUCUUUGGAAACAAUAACAUGAAAAUGGAUGUUGCUUGCAAGGUCAUAUUGGAAGGCAAAAACAUUGAGGAGGGGUUUGGGAUUGCAUUUAGAGUUCUCCAGGACUUCCAGCUGGAGGCUACAGAAGUGUACAGCAAAGUGGCCAAGCAGCUGGUGAAGCAGCAGAAAUACAGCGAGAUCCAUCAGCUCCUGAAGUGUGUCAAUGAGUCUGGAGUGGCAGCAAAAAAUGAUGGGGAUAACAUUAUCCUAAACUGCCUAAAUGAGUUCAAAAACAUUCCUGCUGAGGAUCUCGAUAAUCUGAUUCAAGAUAUGGACAGUGAUGAAAAUAAGAUCCAGGCCUACAUGAUGUGCAACAAGCUGCGCUCUGCGUACCUGGUGUCGGUGCGGCAGGAGAAGGCCCGGGCCGUGCAGCUCGUCCAGCGCGUGCGGCAGCUGGCCGAGAGCAGCGGCGACGAUGUCGUCAAGGCCAUCUGUGCCCAGUGGCUCUCAGUGCACCAGCCCAAGGUGAGAAAUCGGCUUCCCCAGGGCACCAGGAAGUAAUGUGUGACUGCCAUUUGCCAUCAUACUGAAGGAGAAGGCUUCAAGACAGCUCAAAGGUGUCUGAUUCAGCAGCCUCUAGGUAAAAUGGAACUCUGUUGACUGAUGUCGGUGGCAAAUGGAUGCUGCUAAUGUGCCUCUGGUGAAGGGAAGUAAAUUACAAGUGCCAGUUCUGUAUUUUGACAAACAGUCACUACCUCAGGGUGUUUUUUGGCUCUCUUUUUGAUGGGGGGAGAGGGGCAAUUUCAAACUGAACAAGCAAGGAUUUAGAUAUAUGGAAGAGAGCACUUCUGUUUCUGGCUUUAGUUUUUGGGUUUCGUUGGUUUUUAAUUUUUGGGGGGGUCGGUAUUUUUUGAAAAGCACUGGACUUAAUAAUAUGUGUUUUAUUUUUAAUCCAGAAAACAAAUGUAGAGAGGACAGAAAAAUUUUAUCAACUCAGUGUAGCCUAGGGUAUGAAAUUUUUGUGAUGUUUCCUGUAAAAUUUUCAAGGUUGGAGAGUUCUUCUGAUACAAAGACUAAAACUCAAGAGAUUUUUUUAAAGCCUCUAGAGAAAUCAUUGCUACUUCUUUUUUAUCUCCCCCACUAGUACAAUAUACCCAGGUUUUUUUAGUUUGUUUGAAAAGGUAGGAACUGAUUCUUUAUGGCAGAUUUAUACUUACCAGUCACACUGUGUGAUGUGUGCCAUAGAUGUGGCACUUGGGCUAGUGCCAGCUAGAUGAAUGAAGUUCUAAAGGGAACAUCCUGUAAGGGGAGUUCAGAGGGAAAACAAGCCUUUAAAAUAGUUGAAAAAUCAUGUGCCUCUUUCUUUACUAUGGUGAUACCCAAUAAAUCAUUGUGAUGCAGCUUUAUGACUGAAAAGUUGACAGUAAACUUCAUCAGGUAUCGCAAACAAUAAGGAUAUAGCAAGCUGUGGCAAAAUUAAACAGGUGGUCUGUAUCCCUGUCACACAGAGAUGCAUUUAUUUAUUUAUUACCAGGAUAAUUUGUCCCUGUCAAGUAUAAUAGAACACCAAACUGGACAUGCCCUGUAUUGACAGGUUUUGCUCUGGAAUUGUUAGGUUAAUCAAUUUUAUGAAAAAAACAGCAACCUUUGUGUAAUGUCAUGUCUUCAGGGAUGCUGAAAAAAAAUAGCUGCUUCUCUGCAACUAGCAAUGGGACAUGAGAAACUGGCAGAAAUGUGUGAGACAGUAGUAGGACCUUCAAAAAAGGAAAAAAAAAGAUGUUCCACAAGAGUUUCUGUUUGCUGUUUACAUGUAUUUCAGCACAAGAAGUAGGGAAACUAAUUCACUUUCUCAUUAAAAAGUUGUUUACAUCAAAAAACCAACAGGUUUUCUGAAGUGUAAUGUAAUUGUAAAUAGUUUUAGUACAUAAAAUAAUUGAGACUGUCAAGUAAGAGUUUUGCACUAUCCCCAAGCUCACUGUAAUGAAAGAACAGACUUCUAUAGUGUUGGAAAGGAUUUGGUCCAUCUUCUUCAGGGUUUCAAGAGCUGACACAAACGCCUCUCUUUGGAGGUGCUCUGCUUCGCUCACUAGAGCAGAAAUGACCACAUAUAGCUUUCAGAAUCCCCUGACCACAGAUUUGCAUUAUCUCAUCAGUAAGCAGUACUAAUGAAAGCUUUUGUUUCCUUGGCCAGACUGACCUAGCUUUCCAUCAGCUUACAGCCAUCAGGCUAAUCCUAAAACGUGACACUACCUAUGGCUUCAGUCAUUUUAAAAUCUCUGAUUAUGGGGAGGAGAUUUUACUGUGUGUGGGUAUCCAGAUCUGCAGUGCUAUAACAGGCUGUAACACUGCUUGUUCUGCUCGAGUUCCUUCAGCUACAGAGAGCACUCAGAGUGGAGUUUGCCAUGCAGACCUGUCAGUUCCAUACCUGUCUUUCUUCCUGACCUCUCUGCACUGUACCUGAUGCACUUUAUAUAGUGUUUGUUGUAAUUUGAUGUUCUUAACCUGGAAUUGUAGGGAUCUUUCUUGUACCAGCAGAACUGGAAUUUUGACUCUGAUUAAUUACCUUGUGUCAUAAAUAGUGCAAUUAUCAAGGGACUUCGAAUUUUUGAGCAGGAAAAAGGGAUUGAAUACUGCCAGUUCAAAUAAUUUCUG